GGAAAAUGGCAAAUUUCUUUAUUAAUGCAAAGGUGACUUGGUUUAUCGUUACUGUGACAAACGAAAACACUUUAUUUGAUGAAUCCUUAAAGAAAAUUUUAAUUAAUAUCAAUCAGGAGAAAAGUUAUUGCAAAAAUAUAUGUUGAUCCCUAGACACUUUUGAUGUGUGUAUGUAAUCCAGUUGGUUAUGGACUUCAAAAUCUAUUUUUUUUCAAGUUUAUUUUCACAAAAUGUUUCAUUUGGGUGGUUGAGUAAAUUCAAGUGUUAUUCAAAAAUCAAAUGGGCUGGCCGUGUCGGGGGCGGGUGCUGAGCAACUCUUAUUUAUCGUGGCGUUCGUACAGUACUAAUCCUUGCACUUAUCAUUAUGCGUAAGUUAAAUAAUAAUCUGCUUUAAUAAAUGGAAAUAAUGACUCUGUUUUAAUGUGGAUAAACAUGAGAUUUACGUGUCAGUGGGGUUUUAUGGGUCCGACACUUAACGACUGCAGACAGUGCCGUCUUUGACCUAUUGGAGGCCCUGGGCAUAUUAGGAUAAUGGGGCCCCCAUGACCCCCGUUUGGUGAUUAACAAGAACUAGGGAAUUUGUAUUUAAUCUGAGGGGGGCCCCUAUCGAUCGCGGGGCCCUGGGCCCAAAGUGGCCAUUGGGAAAGACGGGUCUGACUGCAGAUGCAGCCGGGAUCAACGGCUUAACGUGCCUUUCGAAACACGCAGGAAGACGACGAAAAAAAACCUUUUGGGCGGGGCAGGCGCGCUAAAGUUAUGUGUGAGCUCGUAACUUGACCUAAACUUGGUUCUGAUUGUGUCGUUGCUCUCGGGUGUGGGCGCUAAUUGGUGCGAUUGUUUGAUGUGGCGUCGUUUGAUUGGCUAUUAUCUAUUAGCUGGACGUGUAGUAUGGGCGAGCCGGCGACAUCGGUUCCCGUUCAAACGGUGUAUGAACACCCUUCUAUCCUCGUUCUGUGUUCUGUGCACUAUCCACAUGAAAUUCCUUACAUAGCUUACAGUUCAGAUGUAUGUUAACCAAUCAUUAAAUUGAUUCUCGAGUUUGGGGAGCUAUUUAAACUUAAUGGCAGCCUAGGGGAGAGAUGGGCAAGUUCAUAUACAUCCGAUGGCCUAGGGGAGAGAUGGGCAAGUUCAUAUACAUCCGAUGGCCUAGGGGAGAGAUGGGCAAGUUCAUAUACAUCCGAUGGCCUAGGGGAGAGAUGGGCAAGUUCAUAUACAUCCGAUGGCCUAGGGGAGAGAUAUGCAAGUUCAUAUACAUCCGAUGGCCUAGGGGAGAGAUGGGCAAGUUCAUAUACAUCCGAUGGCCUAGGGGAGCGAUAUGCAAGUUCAUAUAUAUCCGAUGGCCUAGGGGAGAGAUAUGCAAGUUCAUAUACAUCCGAUGGCCUAGGGGAGAGAUGGGCAAGUUCAUAUACAUCCGAUGGCCUAGGGGAGCGAUAUGCAAGUUCAUAUACAUCCGAUGGCCUAGGGGAGCGAUAUGCAAGUUCAUAUACAUCCGAUGGCCUAGGGGAGAGAUAUGCAAGUUCAUAUACGUCCGAUGGCCUAGGGGAGAGAUGGGCAAGUUCAUAAACAUCCGAUGGGCUAGGGGAGAGAUGGGCAAGUUCAUAUACAUCCGAUGGACAAGUGAGUGAUUGUAACUUUGAUUGCUUUGCUUUUGGCUACUAUUUUUAAAAAGGGUACUUAUCUUAUGUGGUAGAUGUAAGCUGCUCGUGGUAGGAGGAGGUACGGGCGGCUGCAGCAUCGCAUCACGCUUCGCCAAGAAGCUGAGGAACAAUGAUAUUAUUGUGCUGGAACCCUCACAGGUGCAUUACUACCAGCCCCUGUUCACUCUGGUGUCUGCGGGGAUCAAGGAGUUCAGCGCUUGCCACCGUCCCCAGCGGUCCGUACUGCCGGCUGCGGCCCGCUGGGUACAAGAUGAGGCUGCUGGCUUCGACCCAACCAAUAACACUGUAUACACUGGUCAAGGACACGUCAUACGUUACGAUUACAUGGUCGUGGCUAUGGGGAUGGAAAACAAUUAUGAUAAGAUCCGAGGGUUACAAGAAGCUUUGAAACACCCGUCGAGCGGUGUGACGACAAUAUACGGCGCCGAGUUCUGCCGCAAAACGCGGGAUUGUUUGCGGCAGUUCCGCGGCGGUCACGCGCUGUUCACGUUCCCCAGUUCUGGCAGCAAGUGCUCAGGAGCUGCGCAGAAGAUCAUGUACCUGGCUGACGAUCACUGGAGGCAGAGAAAGGUCCGCGAUCUAACCAACAUAACUUACAUCACGGGUGGCAAGUCAUUAUUCGGCGUGGAUAAAUAUGCGCGCGCCUUAUACAAAGUAGCCGCCGAUAGAGGAGUCGCCGUCAACUGCUGCAUCGAUCUGCUGGAAGUUGGCUGCAGGACUGCUGUGUUCCAGGAUAUGGAGGGAGGGAGAAUAGUGCUCCCAUACAACUUGCUGCACGUGACUCCGCCCAUGUCGGCGCCCCUCAGUCUCCGGCAGUGUCCAGACCUGGUGACUGAGCAAGGGUUCCUGGAUGUAGACCAUCACAGUUUACGUCAUAAGCGGUACAGCAACAUCUUCGGCGUUGGAGACUGCCUCGCCACGCCUAACAGCAAGACUGCCGCUGCCGUUGCUCGCCAGAGUUACGUGGUGGAGCGCAAUCUAUACAGCGUUAUGGCCGGCGAGACUCCUACCGCUCGAUACGACGGAUACGGCGCCUGUCCGCUGCUAACUUCAUACAAGAGAGGCAUUCUGGCAGAGUUCCUCUACGAUAAACGACCGCAUGAAACCUUUCCUUUCGACCAGAGCAAAGAACGACGGAUUCUCUACCAUCUCCAGACUUCCAUAUUGCCAUACGUUUACUGGAACAAAUUGCUGAAGGGCACAUGGAACGGACCAGCUGGAUUGCGGAGAAUAAUCAACCCUAUGGCGAAGAAAUAAGUUACACUUUUAAUAAAAAUAAAAAUAUUUUAUUGUCUAACUAACGUACACAUAAACAACAGUAUUUAAAAAAUAAACUCGAUAACUAGAAACUCAUUACUCGUUUAAUAAAUGCUAAAAACAGUAUUAUUUAUAUUCAAAUCUUUAUGCUUAAAAAAUAAUUAUUUACAAGUAGUGUUAUGCACAGUAAUAAAUAACUUUAACGAAAAACUUGCUGUUUUAUUUAUUACCGAUAUCACAAUAUAGAGGUAAUUUAAAUAACCUAAAUUACAAAUUUCUUUUUAUGAUCAUUUCUUAAUUUUCUUUCAUUCGGCUGCGAUCCUCAGUGGUCGGUCAUUGGAUGGGUGACCAAAAAUCUUCUAUCCCGAGUUCCUCCGUGCUUCGGAAGGCACAUAAAGCCGUUGUUCCCGGCUGCAUCUGCAGUCGUUAGGACCCACCAACUCGCAGCUCGCACUGGACCCGUGUGGUGGGUCAUGGCCCAAUCUCCCUAUUCCAUCCAUAGGGAAAGCCUGUGCCCCAGCAGUGGGCACAUUAAUAGGCUGAUGAUGAUGACCAAAUCUGAUAAAUAAAUUACAAUCUGCGUUCGAUGGCUUGAAUACAGCAUUUAAUGAUUUUACAAAUAUGUAGUAAAAACUUUACAAUCGCAAAUAGCUGAUUAACAAAAUAUUUCCUUUGGUAUUCUUUUCACUUUAAAUGGAUAUUGUACUAACCUACUUCGUAUUAUAUUCUACUAAGGGCCGAUUUUUCAAAACUCGGAUAAAACCUAACUGUUCAAUCAAUUAAUACUCAAUCAAAUAGAGAGAGAUGUCAUCCGUCACAUUACACCAAUGAACGUAAGUUAACUCUUUAUUUUGUCCGUCUAAUACGAUAUCAAACAGAUAAAUUUUAUCCAGUGGUCGAGAAAUCAGCCCUAUAUAAAUUAUAUUUUACUUUGGCACAUCGACAAACAUAGAUUAUGUAUCAAGUUACAAGUAGACUGCAUUCCAUUAUCGAAGUGUAACUAUGUUAUUUAAUGACAAAACACUGGGUCACUAGUACAAGCUUUUAAUGAUUAUUUAUUCGGCUAUAGGUUCUUCUUAGUCGGGCACUCUUGUCAGAGUGGUCGUGGUUGCACUGACAAGGUACUUGGUGGGGUGUUCUUUGGGUCGUUAUCAAUUCCGAGGGUAGCUCUCCUGGCGAUGUGCUUCCAUUUCUGACGGUUCGAGGCGUCGCGAGUACACUGGACCAUGGUGACUAAUGGUCAGUACACACGUAACGAUAUAUCGUAGCGAUUUCAAGCUGUGCAGAUAAAUCGAACGUUCCUAGUGACUCCACACGCCUUCGAUAUCGGCGUCGAUUGUUUGUUCUCCGCAGAAGCUCACGCAAGAAACAUAUCAUCCACGAUGGAAGAUUAUGACGCACUUGAAAUUUUUUUGAGUUAUUUAUUAUAGGUACUUUUAAAAUUAUUGAUUGGCAUUUGGUUCGAUGGCUUUGUAUUUUUCGACAAGCCUGUUAUAGGCAUUUUUUUUUAUUGCGAUCAUGAUAAUCCUUCUCUUUCUUCUUCCGAUAUGUUGCCAUUUAAGAGCCAGCCGCUGCCGAACUCAGCGAUCGCCAUCCACACGCGACGAUAAAACUGUGCAAACGCAAUCGAUAACGAUUUAUCUAAUAUAAAUUGCAACUGCCACCGACGAACGAUAAUCGACAACGAUUUGUCAUACACACGUUCGAUAAAUCUGCCCAAAUCGAUCUGCACAGUUCUAUCGUUACGAUAAAUCGUUACAUGUGUAGCAGGCAUAAGUAGCCUUUGAGAUGGCGUCUAUCCAGCGGGUUGGUCGACCGCGUGCUCUCUUGCCAUCCACCUGGCCUUGAACUACCAGUCUUUCCAUCGAAUUCUCAUUUCUAGAGAUGUGACCAAAGAACUUCAGUAUUCGUAGUUGCACAGUUGACGAGAGUCUGUCUUUAACACGAAGCUCAUUGAUACGAAAUGCCGUCCACGGGAUCUUUAGGAGGCGUCUCCAGCACCACAUCUCCAAUGCAUCGAUCCUGCAGUCUCAAAGACCAUGUUUCGGCUCCAUAAAGAAAGAUUGGAAACACAAGGCAUUUCAUCAUUCAGCCUAUAGGUUAAAUGUACCUAAAUAUUUCUUUUAUAUAUAACCUAAGUAGCUUCAGAAAAUCGUACGUUUACCAGACUAUUGUGCGGUUGUCGUGCGGCUACCGUCAUGUAAAUGAACGGAAGCCGCGCGGUUGUCGUACGGCAGAUGAGCUGCUCUACAACAACCGCGCAGCAUCAAAGAUUUGUGCUGAUAAUGGUGUCGAUUCCGGCAGAUUCUCUAAAGCUAAACUUAGAUUUGACCAAAGUGUGUGGGAAGGCCAAAGGGUCUAAAAAGCUUCCUCCGAGCUAGGUGAUGUUAGCUCGGGGGCAUCGUAUAUAUGAACUGUUGGCUACCGAAUUUCACUUGCGCGAUGUAGGCUUCCUUACGUUGUGAACGCAGCGCCGGUAGAGCCAUCCCUUGAGGAGGCGAAUGAUUAUUUCCUCCAUGUUAGUUAUAUGUGGGGCAUAUAGAUGUCGCCGCCACAAGUGCAUCCUUGUCAUUCUCUAUACAGAAUGAAAAGGAGAGACUGAUGUUAAAUUUAGUUUUAAGUUUGGAGAAUCACGCCAGAAUCGACACCAACGUGUAUAUAGCCAAAAGUAGAAAUGGUGUGAAACAGGUAGGUAAAUAAAAACUUAAUCUUUUUACCAAAAGAAGACCAGAGUUAAUUAUAGGAACUAAGACAGAUCGGCUAUAUUGUACUUGUCAUUGUACCGACGUUAGUGAAACAUAUUUAUGAAUCCGGUUUGCGGAUAAUUAAAGGUUUAAAAAUGUUUAAAGUUCUCCAUAAGUCCACUCCAGUAGCCAGAUUUUUGCAACAAACAUUAAUCAGUUUAUAAUUUUUAUUAUUUUUAAAGCAUGUAACUGCUUCAUGUUUAAAUCUAAAGAAAAUAUAACUAGAAAAAAUUCCACGCGAACCAGGCAGCAGACGGGACUCGAACCCGCACCCUUCGCAAUCCGGGCGAAUGCACUGACCACGUUGUGGGUUACUUAUAAUGCGAAGAGAUGGCGCUGCCUUGCAGCUUAAGAAUCGACGCGGUCCGUGAGGGCCGCGGUAGCAUAAUUGGUCAGUGCAUUCGCCCGAAUUGCGAAGGGUGCGGGUUCGAGUCCCGUCUGCUGCCUGGUCCGCGUGGAUUUUUUUCUUAUUAUAUUUUCUUUAGAUUAAUCAGUUUCUUCAUAAAGUUCUUCUCACUGAUCUUAAUUCAAGUUCUAUUCAGAGCGGCAUAUUGUUCCUUCUCCGUGCCAUUCGUGUGUUUGGCGUCUAUGGCACUCUGUCUCUUCCGAUUGAGGGCCGCUCGUCGUAUCCUGUACCGUUUCCUGGUGACGACGAGGUAGAUUAUCAGUACAACGGCCACUGUAAGGGAGACCGCUAUGCUGAUGCUGAGGAUCAGCGUCAUGGUGCUCAUGUGGAAAGGGUUCCCUUCAGUCGACGCUUCCAGCUGAAAGAGAUAAUUAAUAAUUUUACUGACAAUUGGAGCACAGAAUAUAUACACUACGCGAAAAGAAGCGACACUUAAGCAUGUGUGCUCG